CCGAAGAGGAAAUCUGACUGUUUAACUUUCAUAGUGGCUCACCCCACAUUUUCAGUCCAGGCAAUGGACGUACCUUCUGGCAGCAGCACGCGCGACAAAAGUACGUACCGUUGCUCCAGACCAUUUUUGCGGGGUACCCCCGGAUAAUUAUCACGGACACACAGACUGCGGUGCGGUGCCUAGCAUUGGCGCUCUGAGCAGCCUGCAUAGGGCCGCUCCCGCACACGCACUCGCAUAUAUAUUGUAGCGUCCCGCAUUUCGCUAUCGUUCGUUUCUCGGACUGUCAAAAUAAUCUCUAAUUUCAUUUCAUCAUAAUAUACCUUCGACAAACAUGAGUCAAUCCACUGCUGACCAGCUCGCCGAUCUCAAGAACGGCCAGGCCGACCACUUCGAGCACGGCGCCGACGUCAAGCUCGAGGACGUCUUGCCGAAGGACUCCCCGCCAUGGUACAGAGACUCUCGUCUUCUGCUCCUCAACUUUCUGCUUCUCGUGCCUAUCUUCUCUUCUACCGGAAUCGGCUAUGACGGCUCCAUGGUGAACGGUCUGCAAGCCCAGUCGCAAUGGCAGACCUUCUUCAACCACCCGACCGGCUACACCCUCGGCCACAUCUCCUGCGGUCCCACCUACGGAACCUUCAUCGGUGUCGUCCCUGCACAGUACAUUGCCGACAAAUGGGGACGAAGGGCCGGAAUCAUGGUUGGCUCCACGUUGAUGGUCAUCGCGUCUGCCAUCCAGGCUGCGUCGCAGAACUACGGCAUGUUCCUCGCCGCCCGUAUCCUCAUCGGUGCCGGAUCCGUCAUCGGCAUCGUCCCCGCGCCCUCCCUUCUCUCUGAGCUUUCUUUCCCCACCCACAGAGCAUUCAUGACCACCGCUUACAACGUCAUGUGGUACGGAGGUGCAACUCUUGCUGCCUGGGUCACCUACGGAACUUACUGGAUGGGCGACUCCAACUGGUCGUGGCGUAUCCCCUCGCUGCUCCAGGCUUUCUUCCCUCUCUGCCAGCUGCUUCUUGUUUUCUGGCUUCCCGAGUCGCCUCGAUUCUUGAUUUUCAAGGACAGAAUCGACGAAGCGCGGAAGAUUUUGGUGCACUACCACGCCCACGGCGACGAGAGCAGCGCGCUCGUCGACUUUGAGUUGACUGAAAUCAUUCAAGCUCUCGAGCUCGAGAAGCAGCACAAGAGUGUCGGCUUUGGCGUCCUUUUCUCAAAGGAGAACCGUCGCCGUGCGUUCAUCACUGGAAUGGUUCCCUUCAUGCAGCAGAUGUCUGGCAACGGUCUUGUCUCGUACUACCUCUCGCUCGUCUUGACCUCGAUCGGAAUCAAGACGUCCUCCCGCCAGCUGAUUAUCAACGGUGGUCUUUGCCUGUACAACUGGGGUAUCUCGGCCAUUAUGAUUGGAUUCCUGCCGCGUUUUGGAAGACGGCGUCUGUUCCUUAUCUGCACAUCGUCUAUGCUUGUCGUUUUCGUUAUCUGGACGGUGCUCUCGGCGGUCAACCAGCAGCGCAACUUUGAGCAAAAGGCGCUGGGUCAGGGUGUCUUGGCUAUGAUUUUCAUCUACUACCUCGCAUACGACAUUGGUCUCUUGGGUCUUCCCUACCUCUACCUCACCGAGGUCCUUCCCUACUACAUUCGAUCCCAGGGAAUGGCCUUUGGUCAAUUCGUCACUUCCUGCGUCGGAAUCUACCAGUCCUACGUCAACCCUAUCGCCAUGGACGCCAUCAGCUGGAAAUACUACAUUGUCUACUGCUGCAUCAUCGCGUGCGAGUUUGUCAUUGUCUUCUUCACUUUCCCCGAGACCAAGGGCGCCACGCUCGAAGAGUCGACCGAGGCCUUUGACAGGGGCGUGCGCGGCGGCGUGCGUCACCAGGUUAAGGAGCUCGAGUUGGAUGACUUGGAUGAGAGCAAGCCUGCGGAUGUUUAAUUUCUUUUUUGUGUCAUAGUCCUAGUUUAAGAAUCGCAUUUUGGCAUAACUCUUGUAUUCUAUUAUGGCAUUAUUUUGUCUCUUUCAAUAAUAUAAUUGUCUACUUCUGA